UCUGUGGUCGAGAGUACAAGCCUUUGAUUGCUUUUCAUUGUUAUUGAUGGUUUUAUAAUACUUUUAGAUGCCAAUGCGAUAAAACUUCAUGGUCAUAGACUUAUAGUGAGGUCCAAUUUCUUUCAUGUCUGGAUGCUUCUUCAUUGUUUUCUUUUUAGUUCAUGUAUUCAAUUUACUCUUCAUCCCUCUCUCUCUCUCACUCCCUCUCCCUCUCUAUGUCUCUUUUUGAGCGGACAUUCUUCGUCCCUUUCUUGCUAUGUGUGCCUGUUUGAUGUUAACAAAACUAAAGUGUAGUGGUACUUUGGGAAUAUAUUCUGCAGGAAGACUUUUGCUUGUAGUCUAGGCCACUGGGGUGAAUAUAGUGGACAUAGUGUUUUAUAUUAAGCUGACCUGUCUGUCCAAUUUGAUCUGAUUGUUGAGUAUAAAUUGACAAGUUUUUGAAUAUCAUUCGUGGAUAGAUAUUCCAAAUCUUUUACAUUGAACACAAGCAAGUUUUAAUGCGUUACACCGAUAUUAUAACUACUGUGGUAACUUUGCUUAUUUUAUUUUAUCAGUAAAAACAUGUUUGAGAAUGUGAAGAUGCAGAGUUUGUGCUUAAUUUAACUCUAUGUUAUUAGUAGCUUACUUCUAAUACAGGUAAGGUCAGCAACAUUGGACACUUGGCUACCAGAGCAGGUUGCUUUUAUUCAAACAAUGGGAAAUGAGAAAGCAAAUAGCUACUGGGAAGCCAAACUGCCUCCAAACUAUGACCGAGUUGAGAUUGAGAAUUUUAUUCGUGCCAAAUACAAAGAAAAAAGGUGGGCAUCUCAGGAUAACAGAUUUAAAUCACCUUCAAAGGCCCAAGAAGAAAUGGAUCCUGAAAAUAAGCAAAAAUCCAGUGAUACAGGGAGAGAGAAUAUUAACUUUGUGAAAUCUUUGGACAAGAAGGAUAAUACACCGCAGAGUACAAGGAAAGAUAAUCGUGUGAUUCCUAAAGUACCCAUCCGGGUACCCUCUGAGUCAAAGUUGGAAACAGGGAGAACACAAGUGGUAUCUCCAGAGGUAGCUCCUGCUAGAGUUACUGCCACAACAACCACUCCAUCAAAAGUUGAAUGCACCGGUGAUCUCUUGAACAUGCUUUCUGUGGAUGGUCCAUGCGAAAAUGGGCCAGAAUCAUCUUCAUUUGAUACUAAUGCAUGGGUAAAAUUUGAGUCUGAAGAACUAACCAGUGCCUCACAGAAGAACACCACAGCAUCUGUUGAUUGCAAGAAUGCAAUUACAGGAGCUGAGGACCUAUUUAAGGAUUCAUCUCUGUUACAGUCUUCAACUCAAAAGAAACACCAGACAAAUAAAAAUGGUAUCAUGUGCCCGUUUGAUAAGUGUGAUGGUUCACAGUCCAGUAUGAUAUCUCCAUUUGGGCUUCAUCAACAACAGCAGGUGUUCCUUUCCCAGCAGAAAGAUUUUCCUAUGGCUGCCGACAAAUUUGACGAUACACCUCCAGUAUUUACUAGAGGAACUCAUCAACGAAGUGUUAGUGAUUCAAUCACAAUGCAAGGAUACACUGCAGCACAAAGUUGGGCAAACUUUAGUCAUCAGGUUCCAGGGAACGUGCCACUAGCUGCGCAGCUGUAUUCCAAUAACUCAAGAGAGCAGAUGGGAAGUGUCACUUGUCCCCACCCAUCUGGGAGCUAUGGCCCUGUCACUGCAUCUGGUCUGCAUGCUCAGGGGUCCAUUGCAUCUGUGAAUGAGGCAACUGCUGCUGGUGGAGGAGUAAAUAAGCCCCAUACAUCUUUCCGAUCUACUGCUAGUACCCAUUCACUUGGGGAUUUUGAUUUCUCAUCACUAACUGAAGGCAUGUUUUCAAAACAUUGAGCAACAGAAUGCUGAUCUCAGAUCGUCUCGGAAGUCUCCUUCCCAUAUGUUAUUCUUUAUUUUCUCUGAAAAGAAAAAAGAUUGAAAUACAUGUCCUAACUUCCAUUCUCAAACCAGUCUGUUAGUUCUUUGAUGCUGUAAUGUUAUAUGUAAAAAUGCUAAUAAUUAAUAAAGGUUACAGAUUGCUGAGCUUCAA